AUGGCCGGGGCUCCUGGCACCAAUAAGAAGGGCCUAUCUCACUCGAUUCACAGCCCGCAGGCAAACGAUGGCCCUCAGAUACGACCGACGCACUUCAUCAUUCGCGAGGGCAACCCAGCGGCAAUCGUACCUGUCAUACCAGCCGAUCUUCUCCCAGACUAUGUGACCAUCGUGGGCCUGUCGCGUACGCUGACCAUCAAGGACACCACCGGCAUGUCGAACCUGGGCACUUUCGCCAAGCCGCAAGGUCACUAUCAGCUACGAUUCGUGUCCCCGGCGCAUGAUCGUCCCACCGGAGGAGGUACUGAGAGCUCGGAUCCUGGUUGCCAUCUCGAACCUCAGGGGCCUGGACCUGACGCUGCAAAGAUCGGCCACGGAACUAACAAGCAGCCUCACGUAGCAAAGCGCAGCGGUGUCACUGAAUCUUCAAAGUCAGCUGCCUCGCAACCAACUCCCAAAACAUUGACCAACGUCCCUCUACUCGCUCCUUCCCCUCCCCCACCCCGGGUCCUCGACUGGGCCGAAGACGACACGGACUCGGUCUCGACAGACAACUUCUCCUCGGCCGAGCUCUCCGCGCCAGACUCCUCGUCAAAAUCCUCCUCCGGCUCCAGAGACAAACGAAAACCGCUCCGACGAGCCCCGGUCCCGGCUACGGCCGCCAUCAAGGAGAGAUCGGAUGCCGAGAUCGCGGAGCGUAUGCUCGAGCUCGGUCGCACAACGGCAUCUCGUAGCAGCGACGGCAGCACCAGCACCGACAUUGUCGCCGGAGCCCUAAAGACUGCUCCUCCCAAGCCCACCGCUGGAAAGCAAAAGGUAGUCAGGCCGGACGGCAGCCUCUGCCGACACUGGUGUCAGACGGGCCAGUGCAGUUGGGGCAACGAGUGCCGCUACACGCACCAGAUGCCUCUGACGCUCGAGGGGCUCGCGGACGUCAACAUGACGGAGCUGCCAUCUUGGUGGCGCAAGCAGGCUGGCUUGCCUGCUGAAGGGGCGAUUGACCCGCGCAUCUUUGCUGUUGCCACCGUGGCGCCCGGUUUGAAGAAGAGCAGCAACCCCUUUCCGCCGGCAGUAGGUGUCGUUCACUCUGCUCUGCCGCCGAUGGCUCUUGAGCCGUCACGGAAGGCUGCUAGAGUGAAGCCGGGAAAGGCUGAGAGGAAGAUGGCGAGGGAGCUUCGUAGCGUGCAGUUUGGGAUCGAGAGGGCGCAGGUGGCAACGUCGUCUCCUAUUAUUGCUGUUGGCAGUAAGAAGAAACUGAGCUUGGGGCGGGUGCAGAGUCAGACGGUGGGGAUUCAGCAGGUUGAGGGGGUUGUUGAGAAGCUUGUUGAUAUUUGA